AUGCACAUCGACAAGGGCAAGCGAAAGGCCAGUGAGGACCCGGAGUCUCCUGUUGCUGCUAAGCGCAUUAAGCAUGAUGACUCAGCCGAGCCCGAGGAGCCCAAGCCGCUCAAAGUGCCUGCUAUUCCAUUUCCUGAGAAGGCUGGUGUUCUCGAGGAGCGUAGUGGCGAGAUCGAGUUUCGUGUUGUGAACAACGAUAACGAGCGCGAAAGCCUGAUCAUCCUGACCGGCCUCAAGUGUAUCUUCCAGAAACAGCUUCCCAAGAUGCCCAAGGACUAUAUUGCACGCCUCGUCUACGACAGGACGCACUUGUCGAUAGCGAUCGUCAAGAAGCCUCUCGAAGUCGUGGGUGGCAUCACCUUCAGGCCCUUUAGGGACCGCAAGUUUGCCGAGAUCGUCUUUUGCGCCAUCUCUUCAGACCAGCAAGUCAAGGGAUACGGAGCACAUCUAAUGGCACAUCUCAAAGACUAUGUCAAAGCUACGAGCCCGGUCAUGCACUUCUUGACCUAUGCCGACAAUUACGCCAUUGGCUAUUUCAAGAAGCAGGGGUUCACCAAAGAGAUCACCCUCGACAAGUCCGUCUGGAUGGGAUACAUCAAGGACUACGAGGGCGGCACCAUCAUGCAGUGCACCAUGCUGCCCCGGGUCCGCUACCUCGAGACGGGACGCAUGCUUCUUAAACAAAAGGAAGCUGUUAUGGCCAAGAUCCGGGCCUUCUCCAAGUCCCACGUCGUCCACCAGCCACCCAAGCAGUGGAAGAACAGCGUCACACCGAUCGACCCCAUGAAGAUUGAGGCCAUCAAGAACUCAGGCUGGUCUCCCGAGAUGGACGAGCUGGCCCGCCAGCCCCGCCGCGGCGCCAACUACAACCAGCUCCUCCACCUACUGAACGCCAUGCAGAACCACCAGAGCGCGUGGCCCUUCCUGGUGCCCGUCAACCGGGACGAGGUGCAGGACUACUAUGAAGUGAUCAAGGAGCCCAUGGACCUGUCCACCAUGGAACAAAAGCUCGAGAUGGACCAGUACCCCUCCCCUGAGGACUUCCUCAAGGAUGCCAUGCUCAUCUUCAAGAACUGUCGGCAGUACAAUAGUGAAGGAACGCCGUAUACGAAGAUGGCCAAUAAGCUCGAGAAGUUCAUGUGGUCCAAAAUCCGUGAGAUUCCUGAAUGGAGCCAUUAUGAGGAGGAGUACGCUUCCAAGAAAUGAAAAGCUCAAGUCUGCUUUGUAAAGGGGGAAAAGAAAAUCCUGUUUGUCCCUUGCUAUUUUUUUCGCGGAUGGCCUUGCCUUUUUCUUCUUCUUUUUUUCUUUCUCUUCUCCUUCGUUCCUCUGUGUAGAAGAUUUCCGGGGUAUGCUUGCUGGUUGUCACACAAGGCUCUGGUUUUACUCUUCUUCUUACAAGGCGGUGGGAGCCGUCGGUCUCUACGGCAAGGAAUAGUCAUAGCACGGCGCUGGUGGAUAUAUGCCAUACCAAUUUGAUUUGAUUUCUUUGUAAUAAUAAAAAAAAACAAAUAACAAUACGCGUCCAUAAUUG